AUUAAAAACCACAAAAUGUCAUCCAGCAAACGUAAAAAUCUGAAUGCCAUGGAAGAAGAUCCCAGUGAUUCGGAUUCAGAAACAUCUAGUGAUGAUGAUGAAGAUAAUGGUCCCCAUCCUGAUGCCUAUACAGGAAAUGAGGAAGUUCAAAUCGAUUUUGAAGGGCGGGCCCCUGUUGAUCCCGAUUGUCAUGGCAUUUCUCAAUUAUUGCAAAGAGUUUUUCUUAAGGCUCAUAUUAAUACCAUGCAAAUGGCUGAUAUGAUUAUUGCCCAAAACUUUGUUGGCAGUGUAAUUUGUCAAUGUGACGAUGGCAUGGAAAGCGAUGCUGAUGAUAUGUGUGAAGACGGUACCAUUUUCGGUAUUACAACAGUUCUUAAUAUUACCGCCAAGAAAAAUGCUCCCUGCAUUGAUCAAUUCCGCUCCUUUAUUGUACAAAAGGCUGAAAAACAUGCCCCCGAUUCUGUGCUUACACAUUUCCGUGAUGUACUUGGCAAUGAAGCUAGACCCAUAGGGUAUUUGAUCAAUGAACGUUUUAUAAAUAUCCCAGCUCAAAUAUCAGUACCACUAUUGGAAAGUCUAUAUAAGGAAAUUAACGCAGCCAAACAAAAGGGAAUGCCAUUUAAUUUUGUCUAUUUCCUAAUGAUCAUUAAAUUCUAUCGUAAAGAAGCGAAGAAGGGUAAACCAAAAGAAGAUACCUAUACUAAUGCAGAGGAGGAACUGAUUGCCACAAAUGCAGUAAAUUCAUUUGAAUACUCGGUGGCUGAUGAAUGUGAUAUGGGCAUGUCGGGUGAUUGGUUAGAAGGUGAUGCUAAUUUGACACCUUAUCGGAAAGUUGUAUUGUUCGAUGCAAAACAUUUGCCACAACUAAUACUCGAUAUACAGAAAUAUAUUAAUGGAGAAUAA